UGCAAUCGAUGGACGAGGGCAGUGCUGCCACGGGCUUCGUCGCCGAGGUCAUCAACAUCUUCCUCAAUGACGCCGACAGGAUCCUCAACGACAUCGCCAGCCUGGUGAACCAGCCCGAGGUGGACUUCUACAAGGUGGACGCCCUGGUGCAUCAGCUCAUUGGGAGCAGCUCCACUGUUGGUGCUAAGAAAGUGAAACUCGCCUGCAUGCAAUUUCGUCAGUCCUAUGUGGCCAAAAGCAAAGAAAGGUGUCUCAUGCCAUUGGCUCUUCUUAGGAAUGAGUUUUGUGAUGUGCGCAACCAACUCCAGACCAUGAUGCAGUUGGAGCGGCAGAUCGCGGCCUUGAGUCCUAUGUAGAAGUAAUCAAAGUGAUAAGAGAAAAGCCCCAUGUGAUCCCUGACAUGAUGUGGUAUAUGUAUCUCUGAAUAUGUAGGUAGCAUUCGACAGGUAUUGGUCUUUGGAGCACGAAAAUGGUAUCCCAGGACGAUUCUUGCUUCGCGAUCACCCUGUGAAUGUAUUCACAUGUUGUCUUGUGUGUUGAUGUAUCUGUCUGUUAACUCUUUAUACCUCAGCGUCAUGGAUGGCCCAUAGACUGUGUGUAAACUCUAUACCUGGUUGGUUGCUGGUG